GUGGAGGUGGGUGGUGGAGGCCCCCAGAAGCCAUGUACGUAAUGUUUACUACCUGAAGUUUGUAUAUAAUGAACUCCAUAUGGCCAAUAUUCUGAGAUGGAGAUGGUACCUAAAUACAACAAAAUAAAAACAAUACACAAUGGUGCUACACGACGAAUACAAAGGCUCUCUCAAUAGUCCUGCUCCAAGUAGCAGUGAAGAUACUAAUCAAAGAGCAGCUGCUAACCUAGAUGACCCUUCAAAGAUUUAUUCAUUCAUGGGCCAAAGUGGUAAAACAUUAUCAUGGUUUGUUUCUGUUAUUGCAGGUGUUGGGUUCUUGUUAUUUGGUUAUGAUCAAGGUGUUAUGGGUUCGUUAUUAACCCAAGAUACAUUCAGACACACAUUCCCAGAAAUUGAUACUGUUGAUGAUGGUUCAAAAUCAACUUAUCAAGGGUUUGUUGUUGCCGUUUAUGAAGUUGGUUGUCUUGUUGGUGCCCUUUUCACAAUGUGGUAUGGUGAUAAAGUUGGUCGUAGAAAGACAAUUUUCACUGGUUGUUGCGUUAUGAUUGUUGGUGCUAUUAUUCAAGCUGCUGCGUAUUCAACUGGUCAAUUGAUUGCUGGUCGUAUCAUUGCAGGUUUAGGAAAUGGUAUGAAUACUUCCACGGUUCCUGUUUGGCAAUCUGAAUGUGCUAAACCUGAUCAAAGAGGGAAACUAGUUAUGAUUCAAGGUUCGUUAAUUGCAUGUGGUAUCAUGAUUUCUUAUUGGAUUGAUUUCGCAUUCUAUUUUAUCCAUUGGAGUUCUGCAAGUUGGAGAUUCCCAAUCGCAUUCCAAAUUAUCUUCCCAGUGAUUAUUGUUCCAGUUAUUUUAAAAUUACCAGAAUCUCCAAGAUGGUUAUUAAAAGUUGGUAAAGUUCAAGAUGCAAUUAAAGUGUUCUCAGCCUUGGAAGGUGUCCCUGCAAAUGAUCCUUAUGUUCAACGUGAAUUGGAAGAAGUUGAAACCGCUAUUGCUAAAGAGGAAACAGGACCAAAUGUCACUACGAAAAGAAAGUUUAGAGAAUUGUUUAGACAAGGUCCACAAAGAAAUUUCCAUAGAGUGUGUCUUGCAUUCUGGAAUCAAGUUUUCCAACAAAUUACAGGUAUUAAUUUAAUCACUUAUUACGCAGGUACAAUUUUCCAACAAUAUAUUGGUAUGAGUCCUUUAAAUUCAAGAAUCUUGGCUGCGUGUAAUGGUACUGAAUAUUUCAUGGCUUCAUGGUUAGCAUUCUUCACAAUUGAACAUUUUGGUAGAAGAAAAUUGAUGAUUUUUGGUGCAUUGGGACAAGCUUUCACAAUGGCUAUAUUAACAGGUACUAAUUGGGCAGCAGAUCCAGCAAAUAAAGACAAUUCGGGUGCAGGUAUUGCAGCUGCUGUGUUCCUUUUCGUUUUCAAUUCUUUCUUUGCAGUUGGUUGGUUAGGUAUGACUUGGUUAUACCCUGCAGAGAUUACCCCUUUGAGUAUCCGUGGUAUGACUAAUGGGUUAAGUACUGCUGCUAAUUGGGCUUUUAAUUUCAUGGUUGUUAUGAUUACUCCAGUGGCUUUUGAAAAUAUUGGUGCUUAUACUUAUACCAUCUUUGCAGCUAUCAAUUUAUGUUUAGUUCCUGCUGUUUUUUUCUUAUAUCCUGAAACUUCUGGAAGAACUUUAGAAGAAAUGGAUGUUAUUUUUGAAAUGUCUGAUCCUUGGAAACCAUGGGAAGCUGUUCAUAAUGCAAAUACAUUACCUCAUGAAUAUAAGAAUGGUCAAUUCAUGGAUGUUGAAAAAGCUGAAGCUUCUCAUACUGAAAAUGUUGGUGUUUUCCAAGAAAAUCAUUCGUCUGUAUAAAUAAUUGUAAUGGC